AUGGCAUCUCUCGAACAAGCCUUUGAAGAAGCUUGCAGCGCCGGCAGAAUUCCCCAUGCCGUGCUCGCAGCUUCAAGCAAAGAUGGCAAAUUCACGUACACCAAAGCGUUCGGCUUCCAGCGCCUGGAUCAAGACCCCAAACCACCCAUCAAGGAGGAUGAUAUCAUGGCGGUAGCCUCCUUGACUAAACUUAUGACUUCGAUUGCGGCCUUGCAAUGCGUCGAGCGUGGGCUAAUCAAGCUCGAUGACGAUGUUGCCGAGAUCCUACCGGAGUUGGCGGAUUUGGAGAUCUUGGAGUUUGACCCCCAGACAAAGGAGCCAAUCUUGAAGAAACGGCAAAAUGCGAUUACCUUGCGCCAUCUCCUCACCCACUCCGCUGGCCUCGCCUACGAGUCCAUGAGCCCCCUACUCCAACAAUAUAACAAGAUAAUGGGACGACCAGCCAACACCAAUACUACCAUCACGACUCGUUUCAACUGCCCUCUUCUCUUCGAACCAGGUACCGGCUGGAGCUAUGGGACCAGUCUCGACUGGGUUGGUCUACUGGUGAUGCGGAUCACCAAAUCAAGCCUGGAAGACUAUAUGCGACAGAAUAUUUGGCGGCCCUUAGGAAUAGAAGCAGACACAACAUUUUGGCCUCUCGAAAAUGCGUCACUCAAAGAUCGGAUAGUCGGGAUGACGAUUCGUGACCCUAGCAUUCCUGACCGCAAGGGCAAGGUUCUCCCAUAUAACGGGCCCCCAGUAAUGGGCGUCGUGACAGAAGAGUGUGGGGGUCAUGGGGUAUCGAUUUCUAUUCCAUCUUUUAUGAAGGUGUUGAAGAGCCUGCUUGCCGACGAUGAGAAGCUGUUGAGGAAAGAGACCGUAAAACUGAUGUUCGAGCCGCAGCUCUCAGCGCAAAGUCAAGCAGCGUUGCAAAAGAUUUUCGCCUCAAGAAAGGACAGUCAGUCGUUUAAUGCCGACUUUCCAGAAACAUGUCGAUAUGACUGGGGCCUAGCGGGUAUUCUGAUUUUGGAUGAUGUUCCCUGGGGACGGCGGAAGGGGACCAUGUUGUGGGGCGGGCUACCGAAUCUAUUUUGGUUCAUUGAUAGAGAAGCGAAUCUCUGCGGCGCGUACGGUGGGCAAGUCCUCAUGAACGGCGAUCCACAAGCGAUGGAAAUGAUCUCACUGUUCGAAAGAACAAUGUACGACCGCGCAUCUAAGAUGUAA